GCCUCCCAUGAAAUCAGCACAAGAAAACUUCACCCACAUUCUAACCCAUCUCAUAUAUCAUAUGAUAUGUGUCCCAAUCUUACAAGUCUUUUAUUGUUUUUUUAAUGUAAACUGUUGUUACACUUAGACGCCUUGUAUUAUUUAGUGUUUUCUUUUUUCUUUUCUUUUUUUGUCCUAGUGUAUGCUCUCAACUAUUAUAUAACCAACUAACUCUAACAUCCUCUCUCCCCCACACUAGACUUUUGGAGGUAUUUCAGAUUGAGAGAGAAAGAUGUUGAAGUUGAGAUCAAAGAGGUUUUCCAGGAGCAACUCCAAGCUUGGAAGCGGGGCAAACGGUGGCAGUGUUGGAGGGGCUCGAAAAGGUGGAGGUGGUGGUGGUGAAAUCAAAUGGGAACUACGUCCCGGUGGAAUGCUUGUUUAGUAGAGAGAGACUGGAGAGGGUGAGGGCGAAGGAUUGAUUACACUCAGAGUCUCUACUGUUUCUCAGUGGCAUAAUAUCACCAUCCAAGCAACUUCAACAUUUGGUAAGCCCAUAUACAUUACACCUUUAAUUUGAUUAGGAAAAAAACAUUAUUGUAUACUCAUUAUCAUGGUUUUGAAUAGACAAAUUGGUAUGACGUAUAAUGCAACGGUAUUGCAAUCACCCGGGUACUUACCAGGUCAGAGUACGCAUACCGGUAUGGCUGCACGCGUACUGGAUAGGCAAAAAAUGCACCGGGUACGUUUUAUACGAUCCGUAUAGUGAUGGGUACGCCAUGGGUACAUUUUUGGGUACUCCGGGAUAAAAAACGAAAUUUUCUACAAAUUAAAAGGUACGCUAGAAAUUUUUUAUGUCUAUUUUAAAAAUUUAUAAAAAUCAGGGGUUCUUUUGUAAUAAAUAAAACAUGAAACCAAAUCAAAUUAGGGUUUUAUAUCAUUCGAUCAUCUCCUUUCGGUAUCUCCUUCUAGAAAUACUCCCAAGAGAGUUUGAAGAACACUUCGAAGGUGCUGCUGAUUGCUUCUCUUCUUCGAAGGUGCGAUUGAAGAGGAUCCAAGAACAAAUCAGGAAAGGAAUGUUGAAUUUCCCAGCCAAGGCAGACAAGGCUAUGGGUAUUAACACUGAUCCAUUCCCAGAAAUUGGAGAAGCAACUGCUAAUGUUGGCACGCUAGAUUUUCAAAAUCUUUAUCUGAAGGAAUUGGAAGAGGUUAAUGUGCAAAUGCAUGUUGCCAACCAGAUUGCCUCCCAGAAGGAUACCAGAAGUUCACCAGCAAAUGGACAGAGCUUUGCAGCCCAAAAGGAUGAUUCUAGAGAUGAAACACUGGAUGGUGACCCUCAGGAGGCAGCUGUCAUCAAAAAGAUGUGUCCCAAAUGCAAGUCAAGCUACAAAUGGUUGAAAUGGCUCCCAAUUGAUAAGAAACAGCAUUAUGAGGAUGUGUGGAUAUGCCUUAUGCUAGCCAAUAACUACAACAGAAGGCCAUAUCCAACUGGUCCAACUGAUCUAAAACAGCAGCCAUUUUUGGUUAGACCACCAGCCAACCAGACUGCCUUCCAGAAGGAUACCAGAAGUUCGCCAGCAAGUGGACAAAACUUUGCAACCCAAAAAGAUGACUCUAAAGAGGAAACACUGUAUGGUGACUCUCUGGAGGCAGCUGUCAUGAAAAGGAUGUGUUCCAGAUGCAGGUUAGGCUGCAAAUGGUUCAGACCACCUAACCACUGCAGGAUGGAAGGCAAUUAUCCUAAGAUGAGGCCUGAAGUAGACUCAAGUUAUGGAAUCGGAGCCAAAGAUUGGUCUCCAAGAUCAGUCUCGAACAAGAUGGAAAGUAACCACCAUAACAGAAGGCCUGUAUUAUGCUCAAGACAGGGGAUCAGGGCCAAGCAGUGCUCUCCACAGAUAGUUUCGAAGCUGGCUUCGAAGGCAGAAAGAGCUAGUUCAGCAACUGAACUAGUGAGUUCAUUGGUACCUGGGGUUCCAAAUUGCUUUGUCAUGCAGAACAAGCCUAAGCAAAUGCCUACCCAGAAAAGCGAUUUUGGAGACAAGGGCAAAAUGAUAAAACCUCUAGUAAUCUCCAAGACUCAGAAGAGAAGGAUCCAGAGAAAGUACACUCAGUAUCAAAAGAAUCUGAAGAAAAGUGGAGAGAGUUCUUCAUUGGCCCAGUCAAAAGGCCAGGCAGAGGAAAAAGAAAGUCCAAAAUUGGCCCCUCAGAUCAAGAGAAGUGCCAGCAGAGAGCAAUUAGCCAAGGUUCAUGCUGAAUUAAGGGCCAAAGAGAGAACUAGCCUAAUAGGCCUCGAAAAGGCUUUUAUGGAAAGUGAGGAUGAAAUAGAUAAAGAAGGUGAAUUAGGCCAGAAGAAGGUAUUGGCUUUAAUGAAGAGUGAGGACGAAACAGAUAAAGGGAAUGAAUGAUAUUAUUGUAUUGCAACGCAUGCAAUGCAACCCUGUAAUUGGGCUUAAGGUGUCAAUUAUAAGUUUUAUACAUACAUAUAGUAAUUUUGGAGUAUGGACAGGUAAUAUUUCAUAAUAUUAUGAUUGAUGGAGAAAGUGAGUAUAUUGGAUACUGUGUUAGGUGAUUAGGAAACAUAAAGGGCAUAUUGAAUGAUGAUUGAUUAGAGAAUAUAGACGCAUAAUACUCCGAAAAUAUUUAAUAAUUUUCCUAUAUCCUCCAUAGAAUCUUCUGAUUGCAUGCCAAUUAAUGAGGAUCAAAUCUUGUGAGAGGUGUGAAAGGAUCAAUCUUGUGCUUUGGAUUUCAUUCGGAGCAUGCAUUGUUACCUGUUACAUGUAUCAUAUCUUCACGUGUAACCACUCAUAUUUUCCUGGAAAAUGUGUGUAUAUAUGUACUAGAAAAAUAAGUAUAUUAUAUAUGUAAGCAAUUGAAAAUAAUAUGGAUGUGUUAUAAGGUA